AUCACAACGGUGCAAAUAGGAAUUUUGGCGUGAGUUGAGAUGUCUGUACCAAAAAGUCCUGCCAACAAGAUCCUUUUAAAUCAUACAAGAAUUUUGUGUUCUCCUGUGAAGAUGAAUAUUCAACACAUCAAUAGCAGAUAUCUAAGAUCCAGUCCUGGAUAGGGAAAUGAGGCAAGCUAYCCUUUGGAAAUGUGCUCGCACUUUGAUGCUGAUGAGAUAAAACGACUAGGAAAGAGAUUUAAGAAGCUUGAUUUGGACAACUCUGGUUCUCUGAGUGUGGAAGAGUUCAUGUCUUUACCUGAAUUGCAACAGAACCCAUUAGUACAGCGAGUAAUAGAUAUAUUUGACACAGACGGCAAUGGAGAAGUGGAUUUCAAAGAAUUUAUAGAAGGAGUCUCCCAGUUCAGUGUCAAAGGAGAUAAAGAACAGAAGUUGAGGUUUGCUUUUCGCAUUUAUGAUAUGGACAAAGAUGGCUAUAUCUCAAAUGGAGAGCUCUUCCAGGUGCUGAAGAUGAUGGUUGGGAACAAUCUCAAAGACACUCAGUUACAGCAAAUUGUAGAUAAAACCAUAAUUAAUGCAGAUAAGGAUGGYGAUGGAAGAAUAUCCUUUGAAGAAUUCUGUGCUGUUGUAGGAGGCCUAGAUAUCCACAAAAAGAUGGUCGUAGACGUGUGACUCUGUAGGGCACCACCCAACACUUUUGCUUUCUUCUCCAUCUCUGAAGAUCUGCUCCAGACGUCCAGCAAUGCUCUCUGUGUAUUUAAAUGGAAGUAUUUUUCUCUGUGAAGCCA